AUGUUGUCAAAGCAAUGGAAUGCAAACAAACAGAUCGCGAGGCAGAUCUACCAACAACAUAGAGGGUUGGCCCAUAAGACCUCUACGAUGAGAUUGGAGGAGGCGAAACCCUAUGCUGAUAUUCCGGGACCAAGCAAAUUGCAAUUGAUACGAGCUUUUCUGCCGGGCGGUCGCUAUAAGAACUUACCGGUUCACGAAAUGUUUCUCGAUAUGAACCGUCAAUAUGGCAGUAUCUUUCGGAUGCCCAGUGUUGCAGGAACCGAUAUGGUGCUCACCAUGAAUCCCCAGGACUAUGAAAUUGUUUUCCGAAAUGAGGGUCAGUAUCCGCAUAGAAGGAGCUUCGAGGUAAUGGACUAUUUCAAAAAGGUCCACAGGCGAGAGAUAUUCGAUGGCUACGAUGGUCUCACCUCAGGAAAUGGUCCUGAAUGGGGAAAGAUGCGAACUGCAGUUAACCCAAUUCUAUUGCAGCCCCGAAAUGCCAAGCUUUAUAUGAAGAAUUUGCUGCAAAUCAGUGAUGAGUUUCUGGAACGCAUCCGCUCUAUUCGAAAUCCUGCUACCCAAGAGAUGCCAGAUGAUUUUGCCGUGGACAUUCGCCAUUUGGUUAUCGAAUCGAUUUGCUCCGUCGCAUUGAAUACACAUCUUGGUCUGUUGGGAGACCAACGUAAUAAUAAGGAAGUUCAAACGUUGAUAGCUGCCCUGCAGGAUGUGGUUGAGUUGGGUUUCCAACUGGACAUGAUGCCGGCUUUUUGGAAGUAUUUCCCAAUACCAAGUUUUAAGAAACUGAUGCGUUCGUUGGAUACCAUUACGGACUUUUGCUAUUUCCACAUUGAGAAUGCUCUGAAGAGGAUCGAGGAGGACGCAAAAGCUGGAAAACCCACGGAGAUCGGUUUGGAAAAAAGCCUGUUGGAGAAGUUGGCCCGCUUCGAUCGUCAAACAGCUGUGAUUAUAGCCAUGGACUUGCUGUUCGCUGGAGCAGAUCCGACUCUAGUUUCCCUCGCUGGAAUUCUGCUGAGUCUGUCCAAGAACCCUGACAAACAGGCUCGACUUCUGGAGGAGAUCAGGGAAAUAUUGCCUAACAAGGACUCACCUUUGACCAUGGAAAACAUGAGAAACAUGCCCUAUUUACGGGCCUGCAUCAAGGAGGGUAUUCGCAUGUAUCCCAUAGGUCCGGGAACUCUUCGCCGAAUGCCGCACGAUGUGGUCCUCAGUGGAUACAGAGUGGUGGCCGGAACGGAUGUGGGCACGGCAGCCAAUUACCAGAUGGCCAACAUGGAGCAGUUUGUGCCCAAGGUGCGGGAAUUUAUACCCGAGCGAUGGCUGCGCGAUGAAUCGAACUCGAAUUCCCACCUGGUGGGCGAUACUGCCACUCCCUUCAUGUAUUUGCCCUUUGGUUUUGGGCCAAGAGCUUGUGCUGGCAAGCGGAUCGUGGACAUGAUGCUGGAGAUAGCCAUUGCCAGGUUGGUGAGGAAUUUCCAGAUCGGCUUCGACUAUCCCAUCGAAAAUGCCUUUAAGGCGAAGUUCUUCGUGCAACCGAAUAUUCCCUUUAAAUUUAAGUUUGUGGAGCGGAGUGGUUAAAGAAGUAAGGAUUGUUAUCCUCCUGUACUAGCUUUUAUUAUACACAAGUAUUUGUUUAUAUUAAAACCAGUUUUUAUUAA